UUGCACUGAAAGAGAUGCUUCCUGCAGACGUCUGGGGCUGUAUUACCGAAAUCAGUCAAUUGUUUCAGUCGAUAUGUUCCGCCGUUUUGGAUGCCGAAUCCCUGAGGAGACUAGAAGACAUUGUUCCUAUUCUGAUGUGUAAUCUGGAAAAGAUACUGCCCCCAUCAUUUUUUGAUGUAAUGGAACAUCUUUUAAUACAUCUUCCGUAUGAGGCUUUGAAUGGAGGGCCCGUCUUCUAUCGUUGGAUGUACAGAUUUGAAAGGUUAGUCAUAAUUUCAUUUAUAAACGAUGAUUUGUUUAAUAAGAACAUUUGUUUGUUUACAAAUUUUAUUUUGCAUGACAGAUUUCUGGGAGAUUUGAAAAAGAAAGCGAUCAACAAGGCACACAUUGAGGCUUCAAUUUGUCAAGCAUAUUCUCAACAAGAAACCUCAACGUUUUCAUCUUUUUAUUUUGAGCGUGAAGUCAUCAGUAAAAGAAAGAGACCUGCUCGGAACGAUGACAUUGGCAAGGAUUCAUAUGAUAAAGUAGUUUCUAUUUUCAACUACCCGGGUAGAGGUAAAGGAGCUGCGACUUAACGUUACAUCGUGGGCGGAGAAAUGAAAAUUGCACAUACUUACAUCCUCAUGAAUUGUCCAGAAAUCUUACCAUUUUAUAAUGAAUUUAGAGCGUCUUUAUCAGCAUUUCCUGAUGAUGCAAUUGAUGCAAUGGUGGACUCUGACUUUGCAUUAUGGUACCAACAGCAGGUAUUAUAU